GUUCCCCUGGUCGCUUGCCCUCCCGGAAGCGCCGCGAGUUACUGGUGCCACGUCUAUCCUAGCACGUCCUCCCGGGUCCUCGCAGCGAUAGCACCGGAGCAGCGGCCCUGCGGACAGGACCCACAGCAUCAUGGGCCGCGCGGCCCUGCGCUCCGCCUUGCUGCUGCUGUUGCUCCUGCUCCGGGCUGAGCGGCUGCAGGGCUCCGAACUCACCUUCGAGCUGCCGGACAACGCCAAGCAGUGCUUCCACGAGGAGGUGGAGCAGGGCGUAAAGUUUUCCCUGGAUUACCAGGUCAUCACUGGAGGCCACUACGACGUUGACUGCUAUGUGGAAGACCCCGUGGGGAACAUCAUCUACAAGGAAACCAAGAAGCAAUAUGACAGCUUCACGUACCAGGCCGAGGUCAAAGGCGUUUAUCAGUUUUGCUUCAGUAACGAGUUUUCUACCUUCUCUCACAAGACUGUCUACUUUGACUUCCAAGUGGGUGAUGAACCCCCCAUUCUCCCAGACAUGGGGAACAAAGUCACAGCUCUCACCCAGAUGGAGUCUGCCUGUGUGACCAUUCAUGAGGCUCUGAAGACAGUGAUCGACUCACAGACGCAUUACCGGCUCCGAGAGGCCCAGGACCGAGCCCGAGCAGAGGACCUGAAUAGCCGAGUUUCUUACUGGUCUGUUGGGGAGACUAUCGCCCUGUUUGUGGUCAGCUUCAGUCAGGUGCUGCUGCUGAAAAGCUUCUUCACAGAAAAACGACCUGUCAACAGGGCAAUCCGCUCAUAGCGGAGGCAUCCUGCCCCAGGGACUCUCACCUUCCAGGGUGGAGCAGCUCUGUGGGUCAUGGGCUCCUGCUGGGCUGGGUCGAGGCGAAACUGCAGGGAGAGCACAGGUGGCUUGCUGGCAUGGCAGCACCUGGCUUCCAUGUUCUCGCCUGAUCAUUGCACCCCAGCAGCCAAAGCUCACAGCCCAGGAAUCUGAAGGCAUCCUGUUUCAUUAUAUGUGUAACUUUGACCAAAACUAGUGUUUACAGUCAGGCUAGGGGUUGGCCACUGUGGGAGGGCAGGCAGGCAGCAAUGCAGCUGCCUGGCCAGGGGAGAAACCCCAAGUGCCUGGGCCUCCAGGGUAGCUUAGGGCUCUGCCUCUUCUCCAUGAUGUGUGGGCCAUUUUUGUGGCCUCUUCUGUGUGGGAAGAAAGGGGCUCUCAGUUCUUUCUAGCCUUUCCUCCGUGGAUCUCUCUGUACUUGAGGAAACCAGGCCUACCCCGAGGUAAACAAGAGUCAGCCAUGCAGGAAGGACCCAGAUGAUGAUUGGGUGCUCUCUGUUAGCUGUGUAUCUCUUAGGAGGCAAAACUGUGGCUAAUAAAAACUAGGUGAACACCAUGGA